AUGAGAUCAUUUUACAAGUUCUUCCUCGUCUUCAGCCAGUGGAAAUGGCCCCAGCCAGUUCUGCUGAAACGACCUGAUUGUAUCGACCUUGGGUUCCCCGUGUGGGAUCCUAGAGUAAACGAGGCGGAUCGCGAUCACGUGAUGCCCAUCAUAACUCCUGCCUACCCACAACAAAAUUCUACAUUCAACGUGUCUGCUGCCACCAGGUCGGUCAUGGUAGAAGAAUUAAAGAUCGGUCUGGCCACCACUGAAGAGAUCAUGAAGGGCAGGUGUGGGUGGCAGCGAUUGUUCGAGAUGCCCGCGUUUUUUAAUACCUUUAAUCAUUUCGCGGUGGUGCUGGCCUCCUCCGCCAGCCAGGACGACCAGCUGAAGUGGUGCGGGCUCGUUGAGAGCAGAAUUCGACAUCUAGUCGAAUCAUUUCAAAAGGACGAACCAGUGACAUUAGCGCGGGUGCACCCAAAGUGUUACAACUGUCCACCCGUUAGUGCAACCACUGGGCAGGCCCCAGCCAACUGCUGCUCAAUGUGGUUCAUCGGGUUGGAGUUUCCAAAGUCACAUUAG